UCAGCCAUUGCUCUCAUCCAGCCCUCCAUUAUUUAGGAUAUUCAAUUUCAAAAAACAUCGAGAGGGAGUGAAAGUGAAAAAGACCAAAGUUCGAGAGCUGCUCUAUCUUCCCCAAUUCUUCCGAUUCUAUUCAAUCUCUGCAAAUCUCUGAUCCGGUUCGAGAUUUUCAGCAGCUAAAAUUCGAGCUCCUUCAGAAAUUUCAAGCCUUUUUAUUCAAAAUUUUAUGGCUGCUUUUUCGGUAGUGGAAAUAUCCGCCUAAUCGCCGCCGUCGGUCCGCGACGGUCUCCGGUGACGAUUGAGCUCCGAAACGACACCGUUUCUACGUUACCGAUGGCGUGCGCGGUGGAAUUAUUUCUCGAAGGGUUUUGAGCAUUUGUGUUUUGGAAAUUAAAUGCGAAUUUGGGAGGCUAAUUGUGCAUGUUGGCAUUUGAAUUUAUUGGAGAUUAAUGGAGCAGAGCGAAACGGUCUCCGAAGUCGCGCCCAAGAAAUUGGCGAGGCAAUUGGAUUUCACGACGCUGUGUCGAUCGUCAGCGAGUGCGGCGGUGCCGGACGUACAGCUACAGCUUCAGACACCGUCAGUGGCGCAGCAGCAGCCACAAAUCUCACCGGCAAAACCACAGUUGCAUUUGCAUUUACAGUCGCCGCAGCCGGCGGCGGUCCAUUCCCAGAAGCAAUUAACGCCGCCGCCGGCGAUUCCGCAGUUUCAGGCUCGGCCGAGUCCCGCGCCGCCCGCAAACGUUCGGAUUCCGCACCCGGUGCACAAGCUUUCGCAAGUGAGCAAACAAGAAUCUCCUUUAUCACGCCAACGUGGCGAUGGAAAAGAUUGUACUCCAAAGAAGCAGAAGCAGUGCAACUGUAAAAACUCUCGGUGCCUGAAGUUGUACUGUGAGUGCUUUACAGCUGGAAUUUAUUGUGAAGGUUGCAACUGCUCGAAUUGUCACAAUAAUGUGGACAAUGAAGCUGCUAGGCAGGACGCACGUGGAGCAAUUUUAGAGCGUAAUCCAAAUGCCUUCCAACCAAAGAUUGCUAGCAGCCCACAAGAAUCUCGUGAUGGUAGGGAAGAUGCUGGGGAAAUUCAAGCAGCUGGAAGGCACAACAAAGGAUGCCACUGUAAGAAAUCAGGCUGCCUCAAGAAGUAUUGUGAGUGCUUCCAAGCCAAUAUUCUAUGCUCUGAAAAUUGUAAAUGCAUGGACUGCAAGAACUUUGAAGGAAGCGAAGAGAGAAGAGCUCUCUAUCAUGAAGGCCAGAAUACUGUGGCCUACAUGCAACAGGCCAAUGCAGCCAUUAGUGGGGCCAUUGGAACCUCUGGUUACGGGACCCCUCUUGUGUCCAGAAAAAGAAAAGGCUAUGAACUUUAUUUUACCACUGGAAAUCAAUCCACUCAUCCGAUUGCACAAUCUCAACAGGAAAAUCAUCUAAGACCUCCUAUGACCUCUUCUUCUCAGUUGUCUGUUCCUAUCUUUCACGCUGCUAAUGCAGCAGUAUCAAGACCUUCAAAAACAACUAUAUACAGAUCUCCAUUGAUGGACAUCAUCCAACCAAAAAACGUAAAGGAUCUGUGCUCACGUUUGGUUGUAGUUGCAGGGGCAGCUGCAAGGGCACUUGCAGGAAAUAGGCAAAGAGAGACAAUUCAUAAGACUAAUGCCACUUCAUCCACUCAAGAGGGGAAUAAACAUAAAACGGAACAUGAUAAGCAGCAUGAUGACCAUGACCUUAUAGGAGUGAAUCAAGCAGAUAGAGACGCGAGUAGAUUUUCUGGAUCGAAUGGAGGUGAUGUGCAAGAUAGUAGGCCAAUGUCACCUGGAACUCUUGCCCUGAUGUGUGAUGAACAAGAUAAGAUGUUUAUGGAAGCUGGAUUGCCAAAUGGUGCUCGAACCGAUAAUCCAAGCAUGCCUCAGAAGUUAACUCAGGAUAUAGGUUUCACAGAGGUUUACGUGGAACAGGAAAGGCUUGUUCUGACAGGGUUCAGAGAUUGCCUUAACCAUCUUAUUACGCGGGGGAGCAUAAAAGAAACAAUGUGUUCUCCCCAAGCCAAAAGGGAGAGGGUAAGCCAGAAAGAAUCCGUACAGGUUGGAACAGCAAAACCUACCACUGAACCCAGGUACCAGAAAGAGGCCUACAGCAACGACAUUGUGAAAUCUCCUCUUUCAUCAGCAAACGGUAAAAUUCUUCAGCCGGUAACAACAGUCACUUCUGUUGACAAUGAUCUCACUCUAAAGGGUUGGAAGCCUGGUAAUCUGGUAGAGGAGCUAGAAAAAGCCAAUCCCAUGAAAGCACUGUUCCCAGAAGCCAUUCCAUGCCACAGUACGAUUACCGUAUUGGUGGAGCUUCCUUGCAUCUUCCUUAAACUGGAUUGUCGUUCUGAUUGUUUUGUUUGUUUGAAUGUUGCUUCCUACCACUUUCAGUUUUUUUGUUUAUUUUUCGUUCAAACAGAAUGUUCAUCACCAUAAGGAGACGAGCACAUGAACCCAAUUCACUCAAUCGAAUACCAAAAAUUUCUGUUUGGUUGCUGGGAAUUUUGAGAAAAUGAUGUAAAUGCCAAAAUAGUUUCCAAAUUACUAAUUCUUAAAGAACUUGUUGCUCAAGUAAUUCAGAGCAUGUACUCUUGUCAUCA